GUUACGUUCGCAAAGUUUCAUAGGAAUUUAUUUACGUUUCUCUUCAUAUAUAGGUGUUAUACGCAAGGGCACUUAGUUUUUUAACUGUGUCCUAAAAAUUUGCUAUGGCUUCAACUAAAACGGAAGUUUUAAAAGUUGUGUAUGAUCUUAUUUGUUUUUUCAUAUUUGUUAUUCCAUUGUGGGUGUACAAUCUCCUGCAUGUCGUUCCACUGAAUAGAUUUGGUUACUUCUGUAGCGAUGACAGCAUUCGUUAUCCUUAUCGUAACAGCUCAAUAUCAUCAGUUGUACUGUUCGUAUCAGGCACAAUUGCUUAUAUAGUUUCCGUUUGUGUAGUGGAGUUGUUGUUAUAUAGAAGAUCACCUAAGACUGGAAACACUUCUGUCUUUCAUCCUAUUGUUGUUAAUGUGUAUAGGAGUAUAGGUUACUUUUUUAUUGGCGCUUGCGUGAACCAGUUUCUUACCGACAUCGGCAAAGAUGCAAUCGGGAGACCUCGCCCACAUUUUCUUGACAUGUGUCAAUCUAAUGUCACUUGUACUCUCGCAAACCAGCAUGUGUAUAUAGAGAAUUAUGUUUGUACCCGAACCUCGCACCCACUUGUUCCACAAUCUGAUUUUAAGAAGAGAAUGUCAGAUUCAAGGAAGUCUUUCCCUUCUGGCCACGCUUCGUUUUCUAUUUACGUUGCAGUGUUUAUGCUGUUGUACCUGGAAUUCCGCUUACGCUCCCAACGUACACGUUUGGUUCGUCACUUAAUUCAAACGGGUAUUGUGGCUUGGGCUGUAUGGGUCUGUUGUUCAAGAAUCUCUGAUUACAAACAUAGAUUUUCUGAUGUAGCUGGAGGGUUAGUCAUUGGUACAGUUACAGCAUUGAUGACUAUGCUAGCAUACACUCGCUCAGUAAGGCUUUACAAUGCAAGCCGAAAUGAGGGAAUAAUAAGCAGUGAAGCAACUCCAUUAUGUGCAGUAAGGAAUGCAGAAAGUUCAAGCUGUUCUUCCAAUCUACACAAUCUGAAUUAAACAAAUGCAAGAGACUUGAUGAUGUGCAGUCCAUGGAGGAAAGGUCUUCAACAAAUAGCAACCGACUGAAUUCCGAGCAUAGCCUGAAACACGUGACAACCCAGUAGUUCCAACUCUUUAUCAUUAACUGUUUUAAACAUACAGUACUGUGGGGUAAGAUGGAUACCGUUAGAACUUACGGAAUAUCCCAUAUUUCCUAAUCGCGUUUUUAACAAUUAACAACGCUUUUUUCAAGUCGUGAGAAUACGCUAUAAAGCUUUGUAAAUAUUCUUUGUUUACUUCCAAAUGGGACGAAAAAAGGCAAGGAAAACCUGGACCAUCUUACCCCACCCUACUAAAUGCUUCUAAAGAGUUGUAAUUUUUACCUUUUGAAAUUGUUGUGUUGCAUAUUAUACUGUUCUAACCAACAUUAUAAAGUGACAUUCAAAAUGAACGCCUGUUAGUUUUAAAGCACCUUUUUAACUCAAAAAACAAAAGUGACAAUUUGAAUAUACAUAUGUACCUUACAACUCAUGUACAUUGCACAUAUAAUCUAUAACCUCUCAUUUUUACCCUUUAUUCCUUAACUCUGUAUUGAAAUUGUGUAAUUUUUAUUGCUUUUUAUAGAAGUGAUAUUAAUAAGUUAUUUUAAAAACACGGCCACACUUAAUGAGGAGGGUAUUCAUUUAUCUGGUGGCCGGUGACUUUUUUAUAACUAAUUUUUAACACAAUCGCCAGACUUUUUAAACAGUAUAUACAGUGGGUAUAAGUGAGACCUAAGGAACAUUUUGAGAAAUUUUCACUGGUCACCAGCUAAACUGCUACAGGAUUAUCAGUUAUAAGUUUAUAUGCCUUCAAUCAAUAGUAGUAACAGUUCCUUGGUAUUUUGGAGCGUAACGUAGCGAUUAAACUUUUUUAAAUACAAAAUAAAAUUACAGAAAAUGUA